CUGAAGCUGCGGACAAGUCGGAGAAGAAGAAGAAGAAGAAGAAGGAUGCUGAGGACGACACCGAGGCGCCGUCAGACAAGAAGGAGAAGAAGAAGAAGAAGAACAAGGAGUAGAGUCAUGCCCAGGACUGAUGUGCUGUUCUGUUGUAUCGACUGUCGCCCUCCUUUCAAUGACCUUGGCUCGCCAUCUUUCGCAUUUUGAUAUAUUGUCCGGUCCGAGAAGCUGCGCGGAGAUCGAUGAAGAGGAGAGGAAGAGCAGGAGCAAGCCAGGAGAUGCCCUCGCAGCAACAAUAUGUACACGGCGACUUCCCCUUUGUCGCACCAUCCGCAUCCAAACUCGCACUCUUUCUCGACCCAUGCCUCCCCGCCACCGCCUUCUCCAUCUUGCAUCGUAUGUUUCUCAGUUGCAGCCUUCCAAAGAAAUAUUAAAUCCAAAAACAAAAUCAAAA